AUGCGCCGUGGCCGCCGCGUGCUCCUCCUGGGUCUGUGCAUUGUGUUGAGCGCGCUGGUGUACCUCCGCCUCCCCACCAAGACUCGCGAGACAUUUGCCAUGGAGUACAUAGAACCUCCCCGUGCGCUGCCCGAGUACGCCGUUUGGGCGAAGCGGGCGGCGCUUGCGCAUAUCCAAGGCGAGGCGCCGGCGACGCACCUCACGCUGAUCAUGGGCAACGAGGCCGGGGACCUCGACUCGGCGGCGAGUGCGCUCUCGCUUGCCUACCUUCUCGGCCACGAUCCCAAGUUUGCAAGUGCGCAUGGCCUGGAUGCGGGCGCAGUGUACGCGCCGCUCCUGCAGACGCCGCGCAGUGCGCUGCGGCAGCGCCGUGAGAACCUGAUGGUGUAUGAGGCGCUCGGCAUCGACCUGCAGAGCCUCUUGUGCAUCGACGAUCUCGGGGUGGACCGCACAGCGCUCGCGCUCUCGCCGAGUGCCAACGUAUCGCUCGGCCUCGUGGACCACGCCAAGCUGACGCCGGCGUGGGGCGACGGCCGCCGUGUCGAUCUAGUAGUCGACCACCACGAGGACGAAGGUGCGCACGAGACUGCACGCCUGCGCAUCGUCCGUUCCCCGAGCUCGGACCCGGUUGGCUCGGCGGCGAGCAUAGUCGCCUCGCUCUUUCAAGACGCGCUGCAGGGCAGCGACCAGCGCAUGGACCGCAGUGUCGCUGAUCUCUUGCUGAGCGCGAUCAUCCUCGACACCAAGAACCUGCGUAUGGCCCCGGACGGCAAGGCGACCGAGACGGACGCCGAGGCGUACAACUUCCUGCUGCCCGUCUCGUCAUUCCAUGGGCCGGAGCGCAUCGCGUUUAUCCAGGCUGCGCACGCGUACGGCGCGCCGCCCACGCGCGACUCGGACGCGUCGGUCGACUCAGUGGCGCCGGGCGCGUCGCGUGAGGCGCAGGAGCAUACCGCGGCGUGGGCCAAGGCGCUGAAGAACGUCAAGGCGGACGUGUCACACCUCUCGACGCACGAGCUGCUUGCUCGCGACUUUAAGGACGCGGACGUCGCGACGGGAUCCGGCGCGGUCCGCCUCGGGAUCUCGUCCGUGCCCCUCUCGCUCUCCUCGUGGCUCUCGGAGGCGUACCGUACGAAUGCGGCGAUCGCCGACGUCGACGAACAUGCCGCCGCGCAGCAGUGGGCGGCGUGGUGGGCGUCGGUCGUGGCGUUUAUGCGCGAGCGCCGACUGGACGUGGCGCUCGUCCUGACCUCGUUCAAGGAGCCGCAAGGGCGGCCCAAGAGCCGCCGCGACCUCGCCAUCGUCUAUGCAACAAAGCUCAGCGCGCCGUUUGCGUAUGUCGCCGCCGAGCUCCAGGCAUACAGCACGCCGUCACUCGAGCUUGCGCCGUACGUCGGCCAGCGCAACGUCGGCGGCGCGCCGGAGCAGAGCCACGCGCUGCGGGAACAAGGCUUGGACGCCGCUAUCUUCCGCCAAGGCAAUACGAAUGCGAACCGCAAGGUCGUGCAGCCCGCGAUCGUGCGCGUGCUGCAGAAGCUUUUGUAG